AUGACAUUUGGUAAUAUACGAUAUUAUAUAAUUUUUGUAGUAUUUGUUUAUGUUUUUGUUAUAAUUCAAACAAAUCAAAUUAUUAAAAGCAUUUCAUUGGUUUUGAAUGACACAAAUAUUGGCAUUUCGCUUUACUGUGAAGAAGGAAUACCGUUAUUAUUAGCUAAUGAUACGGUAAAAACAUGUCGACCGAAUGAAAAUUCGGAUAGCAAUAUGGCUUGUCCGGAAAGAUUUUGGUGUCAUGUUGGUGCAACACAAAAUUCUUGGUAUUGUUGUCCAAGAAGCAGAAAAGUGAAAGAACGUUGCCAUUUGGCACCAGCAAAUGGUUAUGGAAAUGAACAAAUCGGUCGAUUUUGGUAUGAUUGGAAAAGUUCCACCUGUAAACAAUUAACAUAUGCUGGAUACGGUGGAAAUGAAAAUAAUUUUAUGACAAAAACAGAUUGUGAAAAAGUAUGCUUAGGUAAACUAUCUGCAGCAUCAUUAGCAUAUGGUUCGCUUUCAAAUAAACUUGGUGUUGGCAAUCAAAAGUUUUCGGUGGAGGAGCAACAAAAUGUUGUCCCAAAUCCUUGUGAACUCAGUCCAGAUCGAGGAGUUACUGUUAGUGGCACUUCAUCGUCUUAUCGAUGGUAUUUUGAUAUUUCCGCCGAUCGCUGUAUUCGAUUCAAUUAUUUGGGUUCAGCAGGAAAUGCGAAUAAUUUUGAAACAGAUCGCAUAUGUUUGGAUAUUUGUGGCAUUGGGAAUACUAGUGAUGACAAUAUUUGCUUACUUCCCAUUAUGCGGGGUACUGGUCCAUAUAAAAUCCCUCGCUUUUAUUACGAUUCUCGAAAUAAAGCUUGUAAACAAUUUGUUUAUACUGGAUUUGGUGGCAAUAACAAUCGUUUUACCAAAUAUGAACAAUGUUCAAAGACAUGCUUAAAUCCUGGGUCGCUUGCAACUACAACUGUCUCGCCAUCGCCAUUCGUUACUACUCAAAUUACAACAAAGGAAAUGUCCACAUUAUCAACAGAAUCAACAUUUAAUUUUGAAAAGUUCAAACAAUUGCAAUCUUUAACAACAGUUCUUCCACAGCACUUGGUUCUUGUUGAAGAAGUUAAAGCAAAGUCGGAAGUUGAUGGUAUUGUUGAUAUUAUCAGUGGAGCUAUCACUGAUCCUUGUCUCCGGUCACUGCCAACUGGAUUUCAAUUGCAAUACUGCUCUCCGUCUGAUUCAUUUCUGUGUCCUCGUGGAACAUUUUGCCAAAUUGGUUCUGGACCACAAGAAACAUUCUGUUGUCCAAUAAUUGCUGACAAUCCAUGCAAACAAACGCAAGAAUCCGGAAUUGGUUUAACCGGUUUAAGGCGUUGGUACUAUGAUGCCAGUGAUAAUUUCUGCAAAACGUUUGUUUUUAAUGGUUUCAAGGGGAAUCAGAAUAAUUUUUUGACAUUUCGAACAUGUCAGCAAAGUUGCGGCGCUACAAAUCCAUGUGGAAAUGGCGAACCACAAAUGCAGACAAAUGCACAUGAACAAUGCACACCAGAAAAUGUCCAUUCAUGCCCAAAAGGAUAUUAUUGCCGAGUUCUGGAUGAUUUGACAAAAACAGCCUGUUGUCCGGGAACUGAUCAAAGUAUGCUUAUUAAUGGCAAAAAUAUGAUACUGAAUCCUACGGCAAACAUUAACUCUGCUUAUGGUAGCAUCUAUAACGAGUUUACAAGUGGCAGUGGUAGUUCAUCCACCUUUGACAGAAGCAGAAUUGUUGAUUCGACUGAUACCGCUGAGAUGGCGGCUAUUAGUGGUAUCUCACCGAUUAGCUCUAUCAGUUAUAUCAAUGCCAAACCUAUUCUUUCCGGUGGACAUCUCGGAUAUAUGUCAGGUACAGCCACUGGUAUUAAGUCAGGUUUCGGUAAUGCAUCACAACCAAGUACUUUUGCCAAUCAGUUUGGUGCCAGGAUUGAAGCACCUGAUUUUAGUGGAGCAAAUCCAUUCGCUAACUUUUAUUCUGGUAUUCCAAAAAGUCCUGUAAUAUCUGAAUCAAUUAGUUCUGGUAUUCCGAUAUUUCCUGGUGGUAAUCCGGUUAGCACCGGUAUCUCUAUUGAUUCAUCAGUUGGGACUGCAUUUGGAGGUGCUAGAAUGUCAAACGAAUUCAAUACUGGGGUACAAAAUUUAGUGUCAAAUACAGCGAUGGAAACAAUUCGAGGAAAUCGUUGUUUGCAACCGCUUGCACCUGGAACCGGUACAUAUAGUUUGCCACGAUACUACUUCGAUACAGAAGCAUCACUAUGUCGACCAUUUAUAUAUUCGGGAUUCGGUGGCAAUGAUAAUAGCUUUGAAACAAUUCAGGAAUGCCGGAUGGCUUGUCCUGAGUAUGACAAUCCUUGUCCUCUUGGAUUGCCAUACGUUGACAGAAAUGAUGGAAAUGUUGCCUUUUGCUCAUCUAUUAAUCCUUUAUGUCCUCCUAAUUAUUGGUGUCACAUAGGAGAUCGACGACAAACAUCAGUCUGUUGCCCAUCUUUAGCAAAUGUAAAUGCACUACCAAUUACAAAUCCAAUAAGACCGCUAAGAAGUUUGGUAUCGAUGAAUUUUAUGCGAAAUUUGAAUGGUGCAGCUCUAGACACAGGAACUGAUUUGGUAGAACAAAAUGAUAUGGUCGGAAUUAUACCUUUAGCAUGCUUUCAGCCCAUGCUAGAGGGCAGAGGUAAAGCAAAGCUUACUCGAUACUAUUUUAACAGUAUAGCAAGAACAUGUGAAAAGUUUAUUUAUUCUGGAAAAGGUGGAAAUCAGAAUAAUUUCUUGUCAAAGACGGAUUGUGAAGAAACAUGCCCGAUAUUAGAGAAUCCUUGUGAAAAUGGCCUACCAGCUAUGGGUCCAGAAGGUAACCCAAUACUAUGUGACAGUGACACCACCACUACCAGUAAGUGUAGUAUCGGUUACUAUUGUCACAUUGGUGCGACAUCCUCAACAACAGUUUGCUGUCCUGCAAUUGGUGAUCCUUGUCGUAUGCCAGUAUCCAGUGGAAAUGGAAAUGCAGUCUUGAAUCGUUGGUAUUACAAUACACAAUCACAAAUUUGUGUGAAUUUUGUUUAUAGUGGUCAAGGUGGUAAUUCAAAUAAUUUUCGAACACGUGAAGAUUGCAUUAAAGCAUGUCCUGAAUUUAGAAAUCCCUGCUCUACUGGACGUCCUCAUAUCGGUCUAAGUGGACAAAUUACACGCUGCGGCGCUACUGGACCGUUGAUAUGUCCAACAACUUAUUGGUGUCACAUUGGUGCAUCGCUGGAGAAUUCGGUUUGCUGUCCUGCUAAUGGGAUACCAUGCGAGCAGGAACUAGAAGUAGGAAGCGGUGAUGCAUUAUUGGUACGAUUUUAUUAUGAUUCAGCAACGCAUACCUGUCAGCAAUUCCAGUACUCUGGUCUUGGGGGAAACGAGAAUAAUUUUCUGACGUUACGAGAUUGCGAAGCACGUUGUCCAGUACUGCCAAAUCCAUGUGGACUUGGACCACCACAAACAGAUGAACACCAGAAUCCAGUUAUGUGCAGUGCUACCGAUGCUAGCGUUUGUAACACGGGCUACUUCUGUCAUAUUGGUGACACAGAGGAGACAACGGUUUGUUGUCCAGGAAAAUCCAAUGAUAUUUGCAAUGAACCGAGUGUACCGGGAACUGGUCAAGCACAAUUGAACCGUUAUGCAUUUGUAUCGUUAACCAAACAGUGUUUACCAUUUAUUUAUACCGGUUUGGGUGGAAAUGAAAAUAAUUUCCUGUCACGAGCAAGUUGUGAAGCAACAUGUCCUGUAAUUUCAAAUCCAUGUGCGGACGGUGAACCAGCAGCAGGAAGUGAUGGACGAUAUCUAAUCUGUUCAACUAGUGGACCUAAUAUUUGUCCGGUUGGCUACUGGUGCCAUGUAGGUGCUGAUAUCGCUGCCUCUUUGUGUUGUCCUGGUGCUCAAAAUGCAUGCGUUUUGCCGCUUGCGGAAGGUUCCGGAAGUGUAGCAAUUCCACGUUGGUACUUUGAUCGUCGUUUACAUCAAUGUGCUACAUUUACCUAUUCAGGUUAUGGUGGUAAUCAGAAUAAUUUUCAAACAUUAAAGGAAUGUCAGGAGAAAUGUCCCGAAUUAGCGAAUCCAUGUUCAAUGGGUGAUCCAGCCCAAUCCAUAGAUGGUAAUAUUUUGCAAUGUACCGCAUUACAUCCUCAAUGUCCAACAUCCUAUUUCUGUAACAUUGGUGCGACACCUGAGACAUCAGUUUGCUGUCCAUCGUUUGGUCAACCCUGCUUAUCACCAUUAGUUGUCGGAACCGGAAAUGCUUCACUUAGCAGAUGGUUUUUUGAUCAAAAUUCUCGGCAGUGCCUUCAUUUUAUGUAUACUGGUCUUGGUGGUAAUGAAAAUAAUUUUUUAACAGUUGAAGCUUGCAUGCAAAAAUGUCCAGUUCUUCGAAAUCCAUGUCCGUUCGAAAGUACCGUAGCAAGUUCGAAUAAUUUGCUAGCGUUAGCAAAAUGUAAUAUUCAAAACGCAUAUUACUGUCCACCAACAUAUUGGUGUCAUGUGGGUGGUGAUGCUGAUACUACAGUGUGCUGUCCAGGAGCUUCGGAUCCUUGUCAGUUACCACUAUCUCAAGGAAUUGCCACUGAUAAGGGACCAUACACUCGUUGGUUCUAUGAUCGUAUUUCUGGCUCUUGUAAGCCAUUUCAAUAUGCUGGUAUUGGUGGUAAUCAAAACAAUUUCUUAACAAGAGCUGACUGUGCUAAACAUUGUCCAGAAGGUGAAUCUGUUAUGGUAGUAUCACCAUUAUCAUUGUUACCACUGUCAAAUUUACCGGCUAUCUGUCCAACAGGAAUGCCAUAUCAGGAUGAAAGGGAAGUAAUCACACAUUGUUCUGUCACCAAUCCGUGUCCUGCAAAUUAUUUUUGUCACAUUGGAGCUGACAUAUCAACAACUGUAUGUUGCAAAGUCACAACAUUCAUGUCACCAUGCAGCAUUCCGGUACAAAUUGGUCAUGGAAUCGGACAAGAGAAACGUGUGUAUUACAAUGCUGCUCUCCGGCAAUGCAUACCAUUCAUUUAUUCCGGAAUGGGUGGAAAUGAAAAUAAUUUUUUGACAAUUCAAGAAUGUGUCGUCAAAUGUUUAAAUGAUGAAUCAAAUGUUAUUCGAUAUUUUGAUAGUGGUAAGUUUCAUAGAAAAGCAAAUUAUGCCUUAAAAUAA